UGAUCUCACUGAAGUUUCACAGCAACUCUUUGAGGUAAGCAUUAUAUCCCCAGUUUACAAGGGAGGUACAGGUAGUUUUAGGAAUCCAGUUAGGAAUUAGAUUGACCAACUAGAUUGUCCUACUUUGGGGCACAAGCUCUUUGAAACAUGCCAGAAAUUCCUGCCACUUUAUUCCAAAACUUGGGUUCUUUUCAUGAAGCUAGCCUGCCCUGGGGGGUUUCUAUCCUCCCACUCUGAAUCUUAGUUUCUGGAUUUGUGAGAUGGGGUGUGCACACAAGAGGAGGAUUUAUGGAGCUCUCAAGGCACCCAGACGUUCAUUAUUUUCAACCAGUGCCAGUCCAUCCUUCUGAGUGCUUGUCCUGGGCUUAGCAGCAAUGGUUUGCAAACUGUGGGGCUGUUAGUAGAUUGCCAAAUUAGUUCAGUGGGUUGUGACCAUGUAAAUUUCAAAAAUGGAAGAACUAGGACAAGGUAGAAAGUACCAUAGUGCAUUGCACUUUAUUAAAGGUAAGUAUUGUUUUAAGAAGCUUCUAUCUCACAUACAAAUAUAUAUAUGUAUAUACACAAACUUGCAGUUGGUUUACAGUGCUGUGAUAAAAAAAAUUUGAAAUACCUGAAUUAGAAAGAUCUCUCACUGAGAAUUCCCUGGCGGUCCAAUGGUUAGGACUCGGCACUUUCACUGUCAUGGCCCGGGUUCAAUCCCUGGUCAGGAACUAAGAUCCUGCAAGCCACGUGGCGUGGCCAAAAAAAUCUCUCACCAUCUAAGGCAGCACGGUCCAACUGAACGUCCUGUGAUAAAUGGAAAUGUUCUGCCUCUGUGCUGUCCAAAACAGUAGCCACUACCCACGUGUGGCCCUUGAGCACUUGAAAUGUGUUUCGUGUGAGUAGGAACUCAAUUUUUUAGUUUUAUUAAAAGAUUUUUUUGGCCGCGCUGCACGGCAUGUGGGAUCUUAGUUCCCUGACCAGGGAUCGAACCCGUGUCCCCUGCAUUGAAAGGCAGAUUCUUUACCACUGGACCACCAGGGAAGUCCCAAGAAUUAAAUUUUAUUUGAAUGUAAUGAACUUAAAUUUAGGUGGCCACUUGUGGCUAGUGACUACUUCACUGUUCAGCUCAGAUCUACGGUUUUCUUAGCUCCGCAGCCAGGUUGCACUGGCACAUGAAGUCGCAAAGAUGAGCCUCUAAGCUGGCAGGCAGCAGGGUGGUUGACAGUGGGCCAGUGGGGAUAAAAUCAACGAGUAACAGCGAGCUAACGAUCAGCAAGGUUCUUCAGAGCCUAAUUAACGUUUAAUUCUAAAUAAACUGCAGCAUUUACGGAAAGUAGUGUUUUUGUAAUUCUUUAAUGCAUUUACAGAGGAGGAUUGUGUUGUAUGAGUUGGGAAAUGUGUUUUAAAGAGGCAUGUGAGGAGGAAAAUCAUCCUUCCCUCAUCUUUGCAGGGGUUAGGUGUGGAGUUGGACAGGCGAGGGGCCCAUGCCCAGCUGUCCUGGGUGCCAGUUCUGUGAGCUUACCUCUCUGUGCCUCAGUUUCCUCUUCCGUGCAGUGGAGAGAGUGAGGAUUCCCAUCUCAGGCUUGUUCUGAGUGAUGCCUACAACACCUAUGCAGAGAUGGACCCCACAACAGCAGCCUUGGAGAAGGAACAUGAGGCGAUCACCAAGGUGAAGUACGUGGACAAGAUCCACAUCGGGAACUACGAAAUCGACGCCUGGUACUUCUCCCCGUUCCCUGAAGACUACGGGAAACAGCCCAAGCUCUGGCUCUGCGAGUACUGCCUCAAGUACAUGAAAUACGAAAAGAGCUACCGCUUCCACUUGGGCCAGUGCCAGUGGCGGCAGCCCCCGGGGAAGGAGAUCUACCGCAAGAGCAACAUCUCUGUGUACGAGGUGGACGGCAAAGACCACAAGAUUUACUGUCAGAACCUGUGUCUGCUGGCCAAGCUUUUCCUGGACCACAAGACACUGUACUUCGACGUGGAGCCAUUCGUCUUUUACAUUUUGACCGAGGUGGACAGGCAGGGAGCCCACAUCGUCGGCUAUUUCUCGAAGGAAAAGGAGUCACCAGAUGGGAACAACGUGGCCUGCAUCCUGACCCUGCCCCCCUACCAGCGCCGUGGCUAUGGAAAGUUCCUCAUUGCUUUCAGUUAUGAGCUGUCCAAGCUGGAGAGCACAGUAGGCUCCCCUGAGAAGCCACUGUCUGACCUGGGCAAGCUCAGCUACCGCAGCUACUGGUCCUGGGUCCUUCUGGAGAUCCUGCGAGACUUCCGGGGCACACUGUCCAUCAAGGACCUUAGCCAGAUGACGAGCAUCACCCAGAAUGACAUCAUCAGCACCCUGCAGUCCCUCAACAUGGUCAAGUACUGGAAGGGCCAGCAUGUGAUCUGUGUCACGCCCAAGCUGGUGGAGGAACACCUCAAAAGUGCCCAGUAUAAGAAGCCACCCAUAACAGGUGGGUGGAGUCUGCCCAGGGUGUGUGUGUGUGUGUGUGUGUGUGGGCAGAGGGUAGAUGUAAGGACUGCCGUGAGCCAAGGCCUCUGUUUUGCUGUCAUCGGAUCCCCAACCAGUCUGACCAGCUCCCAGGACCGAAGCCUGGGGCAGCCCCCUCCCCAGGACCCAGUCUGCCCCUGUUCUCACCUCGAGGUGAAACCUGGUCUGGGCCCAGGGCAGAGCAGCCACUGCGAGCGGCCGGGCCCGGAGGCCCAGUCUUGCCUCUCAUGCCUCUUCUCCCCACAGUGGACUCUGUCUGCCUCAAGUGGGCACCCCCCAAGCACAAGCAAGUCAAACUCUCCAAGAAGUGAGUGUCCUGUGCCUGUGCCCCUGCUGCUGGACCCGUGCCUCCUUGCACCCCAGCCUGUAAAUAUGUACAGACCUGUUUCGUCAUUUUUUUAAUAAAGUAAGUUCUGCGAGUG